GUUGCUACUAAUUUUAGGUUCUACUAGAUGAACAUGCAAUGCAUCGAGAACUCUGCUUUGCAGGAAGGUACAUAACUUGUGCCGUAAUUUUGGCUUCGUCGUGUGCGGGGGGCCCCGAGGUGGCAGGUGACUGCCGUUUACUGCUGUUGAUUUACUGUCAUCCACCAGUGGGAUCCAUGCUGGCGGUCGUCGUCGUUCUAGGGAAUAAACUGCAAGAGGGUUUCGGAUCAACUCAUCAUCGGUGCUUGGGCAUGUUCAAUUUAACGCCAGUGAUCCCAUCAGGCCUCAGGUCGCAUCAGUCACAGCCUUGAUAAGCCCUGACAGCCUUAUUUGACAGACAAGCCUGGACAAAGACCCGUUAUAUUUGUAGGUGCCUUGAUGUCCCUUGAGCCGUGUUUUAGUGAUAUGGUACAAUUAGUUUUUUCGUCUGCCUGGUUUACAGCUUGAAUUUCUCCCCACUAAUGAGUUUUUAUACUGGUGUCGUGCCUGCAGACGGCCUCUCUGCAGAGGCUGGCAUAAAUUGGUUACCCCACCAACAGACUCGGACUCAUCUACAGUCUCCCACUGCUGUCAGGGCUACCUCUAAUCCCAGUAGUUAUGCAGCACCGGUCACUCCUGCACAAGCAUAUGCGCGCUCUGUAGUAUCUGGACAACAUGUUCUGCAAUACACCAUCGAGCGCCAGCAGCCAGAGAAAUCAGCUGGUCAACAACUGGGGUCAAGUUUACAGUCUCCAAUUGGUGUUUCCGCGUCUACACGCGGUCAAUCAUACGCCCAGCGCCUAUAUGCCAGCUCGUUAAGCAAGCAGCCCCAAGCCCAGACACAUCAGCAGUCCACCAGCAGGCAGCCUUCCUCUUCUGGACGUGGAGAAUUUCCAGGCAACCGUGUUCCGGCUGGCCCACGGGCUCCUUAUGGUCCCAGAGCAUCUCUCAUGUUGAAUCUGGGACACACAGACGCUCCUCAAACCGUUUCUGCCCCUGAUUUCUACCACAGUAGCGUUGCAAAACUUGAUCUUCAGCUACCGCGGCCGGUACCUGAACGAGGCACCAAUUCUCCAAGAGCUCCGCGUCCUCAGUCAGCAACAGGUUCCGCCUCACGCAUCUCUGUGGCCUGUUCCUCAGUUCCCAUUCAGGCACCCCACGGCCUGCAAGCACCCAGUAGGAGUAGUCCAGUUCCAGUGGAACUCUCCGAUGGACCAUCGCCUGCUGGUCACCCCCGACAGUCAAGUCAGGUGGGGUUGCGCAGUAGUUGCCCCGAUACAACACAUGUGAUACCAGGCAGCUCGACAUCAUCAGACAUUCCUCUACGGCCUGAGAGUGUGAGCAAUGCCAUAGCUUCAUCUAUUUCACCAGAAAUACUUCCAAGGGAGUUUAGCCCAUACUUGGAGGAUUAUCCAAUAGGUUCGGUUAAUGUGGCUGCGAUCACUUCUGAACCCGAGUCCGUGAUUCAACCUAGUGAUCCCUCGCCUGCACCUACACAGAGUCUUGAUGUCGGCAGUUCCGAAGAGGUGCCGUUGUAUUCACUCGUCGACGAGGAACCACCUCCCCCAGACUUCGACGAGUCGCAAUCCAUGUGCAGCGUGACUAGGGCGAGCACGUAUCACGCUGAAUCACCCAUAGUACUAGCACCUCCUGAUAUACCGUCCACACUGCGCGAGUCCAAUGUUGUAUCCGGGGCUGUACCUUCAACAGGUGCAGACACUCCCUCAUUCGUUGGGACUCCUCACGCACUUUCUCCAGAACCUCUUUCGCGAUCUCCGCGAACCUCGCUGGCUAUGCCAGAAGUAGCGUCAUACCCUACAAAGAAGGAGCCUGAAGGUGUUGAGGAGAAAUCGUAUGGUUACUCUGCAGAGGACUCGAUGCCUAAGUUAUCUAAGAAGUCAUCAUUGUACCCAUCCAUGGAAGCUUCAUCGUCAUCUCGAACCCUAUCCGAACAGGUGCCUUCAUACAGGCAACCGAGGUAUAACGUCGUUCCUCAGGACACACUGCAUUCUCCUAGUUCCCUAGAGGCCUCCCCACGUAAUGACACCUCUGCGAACACUUUGUCUACAGCACCACUAUCCGCUUUUCCACUGAGGAGUCCUAUGCUUUCUAUACCAGCGCUUAUCACAGCUUCCGCACCUCCGCCCACCAUGUCUGCACCUCCUCCAUUAAGCCCAAAGACAUCCGCUGUCAGCCCGAUUAAAGUUCAACCAGCGACUUCCUCACCUCUUCGGCUCGGUAGCAGCUACCAACCAUCUAGCCCAUCUCUUCCUCCCAGAGUCAUGGCAAAGCCCACAUCCCCUCCCUCGCCAGCAGGUACCCCCCCUUUCAUUGCCGCCUCUGCCGGAACGACCUCACAAAUGUAUUAUUCAGUUUCUCCUUCACCUCUUCCUUCACCUCCACUCUCCCAGCGUUCUCGGGGCCCAUCAGUACUAUCUGCAUCAUCCACGGAUAGUCGUCCUGCAAAGUUCAGACCCCAGCUAUCUUCCAAUGUAUCUCCUACACUGCAAGGUCAAGCUCCCUACCAAUCACCGCGUGAAAGCUUCCAAUUUCCGGCAGAGUUCAGACCCCAGUUGUCUCCAGCUGUAUCUCCUAUACUGCAAGGAUACGCACAGGUUCCUUAUCAGUCACCGCAAAGCUUCCAAUCACAGGCUCCGCCGCCUCCCCCAUCACAGGAUGCAGGAGGACUAACUACACCUACUCAACCAGUUCAAUCUAACAGGGGACUUGGAACAAAUAUCGCAACAGGUCUAGCAGUGGGUGGUGUUCUUGGUGUACUGGGCGGGGCUGUGCUCGCUGAGACACUCGGCGGUGGCGAUAUUGUUAACGAUAUCACCGGAAGUAUGGAUGGGAUGACAUUUGGAAACCCUGCAAACGGUCUGUUCAACCCCAAUAUGGGCACUGGCGAUAUUCUAGGGAGCGGGGUCGACCCGACGGCGAUCUUUCAAGGAAACCAGACAUUCGAUGGGGACUCCUUGGGCCAAACAUACAACAUGUCAGAUCAGAAUACGGGGAACGGAGGAGACUUCAGCCAAUUUCAAGGACAGACAUUUGGUGCAUCUCAGUUACAACAGCAACCAAAUGAUCAGAGCAAUCAGAGCAGCGGCACGCACUAUCUGCAUGAUGCAGGACAGCUCCUGCAAGCCGCUUACAAGCUGUAUAACACCUCACACACAUCAGCUCAGGGAUCUCAAGGUUCUCAGAUAACAGUUCCAUUGCAACAAACCUCGGCCUCCACAAUGUCCAGCAUCUCAAGUACCAGUCCUAAUUCACCGAUAGGAUACACACAGACAAGUGCGUCUAGUCUUUUUCAUGGAACAUCUUCUGACCGCUUUACCCCAUCAGGUUACCCCAGCCCGACCCAGCAAACCGGACAAUCUAUGCACCCCAUGGCAUCUCAAAUCGCUCAAUCGCCCAAUGCCACACCGUUCUCACAAGAUCACCCGUCUGUCAAUCCUGCUUCUCAGCAGGGCACACAUACACUUUCUCACUAUCACGCGUCCUCACAAAGCUUUCAUACAUCUCACACCCAGAUCCCGUAUACGAAUCAUGUUGCUUACCCCUCCUUUGGGACCGCCACUCACACCAUGCACUCGCAGGGUCAGCCAAUACCAGCACAGCAUGUUGUGAACCACGGUCAUGGCACCGCCACUCACCAUGCUUAUUCGCCUCAAUUCCAGGUGGUAUCCUCCGUCCAUCCCGCACAGCAUCAAGGAAAUUCUCAACAGCAGCCUCCUCCUCCUAGUGACAAUCUAAACAAAACUAUGCUUGCGAAACAAUUUGUCAGGGGCGCGUUGAUGGCUGGUGGUGUUCUCGCGAAGUAUAACCGUCUGAGUGGAGGCAAUGGAUUUGUAGGGAAUUGGAAUGGGAAUAACGGAGGAUUUUCAUAGUUGCUCGAUGCUAGCCCUAUGCUAUUCAUCAUGCGGAUUUUUUGUUGAUUAUAUGGUACCAAUGAUGCCACUACUAGUACUAGUCUGAAUAAUUUAUUAUGUACUAGUACAUAGUGCUUUUCAAUAUGAUUUUAUCAUACAA